AUGGUUCACACGUGCGUAGUGGCCGGUUGUCGGAACAGGAGGACUCGUGGGACCACAUUAUCCUUCUACAGGUUUCCUCGCGACCCGGAGCGGAAGCAGCGCUGGAUCGCUGCUGUGAAUCGCGAAGGGUGGGUGCCAAACGAGGGCAGUAGACUCUGCAGCACUCACUUCAUUUCGGGAAAACAAGUGAAAAAUCCUAGAUCCCCAGACUAUGUUCCUUCCGUUUUCACUUCAGCGCCACUGUCACCAAAUAUGAAGGAAGCAAGUGCCUGUGAAAUGUAUGAUAAACAAGAGGCACAAGUGGAGGCAGCCAAUGCUUUGCUCUUCCUGCAAGGACAAGGACGUUUCUUGGAGGACCAAGGCCAGACUAGAAGUCAAGAAGAGCCAGAAAGUGUUUCUUCAUUAAGCAGCUGUGAUGAAGAGGAUGAUAAGAUUGAAGAUGAUGUAGAAGAAAUCUCACUGACAAGUGUAAACCAAAUGGGAAGCCCAGUCAAAAACAUUCCCCCUGACUAUGAGUCCAGUCUUGAGGCUCUUAAGAAAGAGAACAUGGAGCUGAGGGAAUCUAUAGAAAAGAUGUCUCUCACCGAGGCAUCAUUUAGACACGAUCCAGAAAAGGUUCGCUUCUAUACGGGACUGCCGAACUACUUUGUGUUUGAGACUGUUAUGUUGCUUCUCAUGCCACAUAUGAAAGGAGACAAAAAUGCAAAACUUUCAAAAUUCCAGCAACUGCUCUUGACAUUAAUGAGACUCAGGCUUGAUCUUAAAAACCAAGACUUGGCCUAUCGUUUUGGGGUCAAGGUUGCCACCGUGACCAGGACUGUCCAUCGGAUUAUUAAUAUAAUGUUCACCACCCUUGUGCCCACUGCUGUUUUUUGGCCAUCCAGAGCAGAGCUCAGAAAAAACCUACCUGCAGCUUUGCGUUGCACGUACCCAGACUGUGCAGUGAUCAUUGACUGCUUUAGGGUAUCUCUGGAAAAAGCUCUCAAUGUGGAUGUGAAUCAAGAGGUUGCAUCUACAGCAUUGACUCUGCCAGCUCAUGCCACGGUGAAUGAGCUUAAAUAUGUGAUAGGUGUUGCUCCUCAAGGUGUGGUCACGUUUGUCUCGAGGGGAUCACCGGGUAACGUCAGUGACAAAAAUCUUGUUGAGAGUUCAGGCCUCCUUUGUAAGCUUCUGCCCGGUGAUGUUGUGUUGGCUGAGCAUGACUUUGACAUUGAGGGCUUAGUGGGGGCUUGCAAAGCCGAACUCAAAAUCACUAGUAGAAAUUGCUAUGAAAAUUGCCAGAGUGGACAGGAUGGAGAAAAUUUCUCACUGGAUGGCACACUUUCAGAUAAAGCGAAUGUUCACAGGCAUGUUGGGAAGGUAAUAGACAUAGUCAAGAGGAGAUACUCUAUGUUGACCGGACCAGUGGAGAGUCCCUUUACGGUCGUAGACCGCACUUCCAAUGUGAGCACUUUUGAUAAGAUAGUGCAGGUUGCUUGUGCCUUGAAUAACCUGUGUAUUUCUGCUGCACCCCUGGAAUGAGCGCUCAUAUUUGCCACACUUUUGCGACUUUUAUUUGUACAUUGGCUGAAUGCACCUUUUUAUUGUUUCCCUAUUUUAGCAGAAGACUUUUCGCUAAAAGAGGAUCUUAACCUUUCUUAGAACAUUUAUGCAACCUAAGGACUAGUUUAUACCAAACAUGUUCAUCAGGGCACAGUUCACUGGACAAUCUCCUCUCUAGUAUUUUUACGUAAGGAACUUCCUUAGUUUCUAGGCUGACUUUGUUGAUGCUUCAGUUUGAUAGAGACAUUCCAUCCAUAGUUAACUUUAAUUUAGUAUUGUCGAGAGUGAAGCAUGUAUGCUGAGAAUUUAAAAUAUUCAAGGCACUAAAGAAAGCAUCUCAGUUGUAUUUUGACAUUAGCUGCCCUUAAGUUCCAGUGCCUUUGUCCUUGUGAUGCCGAUACCAUUUUUUUUGCUUCUAUAUAGAUAUACACUAUAUUUUUACAUUAAUCCAGCAGUACUUUGUUCUUUACUUCUGAUGUUGCCAUGUCACUCUACCGUGUAACUAGCAAGUCUCACAAAAUUACAGUUUAGUUAUUUGCAUUGCUAUGUGAUCAUUGUUGUGUUAAAUCAGCAUUUAGUAACAUAUAGCAUGAUAUAUUCACUGAAUUUUGACCAUUGCACAUGUUUCAGCACUGUAUCCCUCACUAUCACUUAACUGUGUGUUCCAUUUAUCUGUGUUAUUGUUUGUGAAAGCGAUGUUUAUGUUGAAUUUUCCAUUUUACUCACGCGUCCUAUGUGAAAAGUUCACCAACACGACUGUAAUCUAAUGUAGCACCCUGUUGUAUAACAUGUAUGAAAAUAUCUCCAUAAAAUUUGAGUACUUGUAAUUGGAAAUGGAAUUUUGUUACUUUUCAGCUUCUUUAUUCUUAUAAA